CAUCAAGGACUUGGCCGAGGGAUAGCAACAGCUCUACUACGCCGUGAAGGUGCAACCGUCGUUGCAGCAGUCCGUGAUCCAGAACACGAGACUGCGAGAUCCUUACAGGAGCUUUCUCGUGCUCAGAAUGCACGCCUCAUCGUCGUUAAGAUUGACGCCGCCUCGAAGACCGAUCAUGCCGCCGCCGUGAAGCAAAUCGAAGAAAAUCACCACGUCAAAACUAUAGACGUCGUCAUCGCAAAUGCAGGUAUCAUCAACAGCACCCCACUCGUCCGAGAAUCGACAUUUGAAGGACUCCUGGAACACUACCAAGUCAACACCGUCGGUACAGUCAUGCUCUACCAAGCAACUCGAACUCUACUGCUGGAGUCGAAGAAUCCGAGGUUCAUCGUGACAUCCGGAUCUGGCGGGAGCAUCUCACAGCAAGACAAGAUCCGUGUUCCCCUGGCGGAGUAUGGGCCUAGUCGAGCUGCUGUGAAUUGGCUGUUUCGAAAGGUACAUUUCGAAGAGGAGAGGAUUGCAGCGGUUUUGGUUGAUCCUGGGUAA